GCAUGCGGCCCGCGCUCCUACUCCUGGUCGUCGCAGCCGCCACCGCCGCCACCAUCCAGAAGCGCGGCGUGCUGGUGGGCGCGCCCGCGCAGGUGGUGCCGGUGGCCGGGUACGUACUGAAGCAGCGCUCGAGCGAGCGGGAGCAGCAGCAGGACUUCAGCAAGAUCCCCGGCGUGCCCGGCGUCGACUACCCCAUCUACCACUCGGUGCCACCCACCAGCUUCCACUGCGGCAACGUGCCCUUCGCGCCGGGCAUGUACGCCAACGUCGAGACCGGCUGCCAGGCGUACCACGUGUGCCACGACGGUCGUGAAGGGGAGCAGGGGGCGGCGUUCCUCUGCACCAACGGCACGCUCUUCAACCAGAAGGAGUUCGCCUGUGACUGGUGGUACAACGUCGACUGCGCCUCCGCUCCUUCCUUCUACAGCCUGAACCUGGAUCCGCUGAAGAACCCGUACGUUCCAAAGCCUAAGGUGGAAGAAGUUCCAAUUGUUGCAGCCGCACCAGCACCACAUUUCAAGAUAGUGGUGCGCAAGUAGAAGAGUCACCAUGGACAUCAUACUUCACUCACAGCCAUUUCAUUAUUAGUUUCACAUACAUAUUUCAUUCAGUAUUACUUUGAUAAAUGUACACUGCAAAUGGAUGAAAGUUUGACCAAAUGUAAUUAAAAUGGAAGUAGCAGUCUACAGAACUUCAUCCGAAUCCUUUCCAUAGUUUGAGCAGUGUCAUCCAUGAGAAACUUAAUUUAUGAAGAAUACUGUUAAACACAUGUAACUGUAUUAGUAUUAAUAGGACAAUACAUCCACUUUUUAACACCAAAAUAUGGAAACAUUUCCUAGCUAGCAUUUAGUGCUGACAAUAAUAACUGUUAAAACUGUUAUACACUUCACGUAAAAAGCUAAUUUGAUGUAGCUUGUAAAGUGUGCAAGAGUUUCCAUAAUAUUAUGAUAUAUGAAGAAAGUUAUUGAAUUAACUUAAACAGCAGAGCAUAUUCAGAUACUUACACAUUACUGUCUCCUGCAAAGUAUCAUGCAAUUUUUCCAAAUUCUGUUCUUCUAAAGUGUCUGCAAAUUCUUUCGUUUCAGUGCUUGUUGUACAUGCAGCUGUCGGGUUGUGCAAUAUUAGGUUAUAGGAAAAGAAUCUGAAAAUAGGAUAAAUUACAUUAAGCACUUAGUCAAUGUAAAACAGCCUCGAAGAAUUAUUACAUACUUGUACAUAUAUCUUCUUUCAAGUAUAUAUACCAUUUUUGUAAUUUAUUAACUAGUUGGAGGAGAAACUGAAACAUUUAAUAAUAUUAUCCGUUGUCCAGUAGCUGUCUCAUGAAAGUAGGGAUAUUGAAUGAGAAUAAUUACUGAUUUGAAGAACUAACAAUCAUACUAAUGCAAGUACUUCCUUGCUCAGAAGUCAUCAUCUUGUAAUUUUAGAUGUAUUACUUGCAGUUUAGUAAAAAUGUAUGCUUAUAAUAUGUAGUUGAAGCUACUAUAAUGUAUGCUUUCUCCUCCUCAGAUUAGCUUCAUUCUGUAAAUAACAUUCAUUUCAUUUAAUGACUAUCAAAUACACAAGAACAGAAGUUCAUGUGAUACAAGGAGUAUAAGAGUUACUGGAUGACAUUGGAUUUUAUACAAACUACAGAUUUCAAUUUGUGCUCACAUACAAUUAUUGACUAAUUGAUGUCUAUUUUGAAAAUAUUUCUGUCUUUGUUAUUUAGUUACUAAAAAUACUAACAAUCCCAUAGAGUCAGGAUUUAUAUGAAUGUUACACUAUUUUACUUUACUUUACAGGUAAAUAUAUCUCCAUGUCUACAUACUCACAAAAACAAUAGUUGUUAUUUAUUGAUUUGUACUAGAGACAAGAGUAAAGCUCAGUAGCUAAUCCACGAGUGUCAAAGAAUAGUAAUAUCAGUUCCAUUGUUUCCUUUCUGUAAUUAUACAGAGUAAUGAUGUACCAUAAUGAAUUUGUAUAUAUACAAUUUUUAUCCUAUGAAAUAACAAUAAAUGAAUACUAAGUACCUAGUGCUAUUAAUUGCAUAUAAUCCUCUACAUUAACACGAGUGCUUUUUGCUUCUGUCACAUUGCUGCAACUGAUACUAAAUCAUUUUGCCUGUAUUAUGAAAGUAUGAACAACAUGCACAAAUACUGUUAAAACAAUGGACUCAUUUGUUUUGUGUGUAAAUUUUUUGUACCGCAUGCUCUAACAUUUAAUUUUCUAAUUUGAUACAACAUAGAAAUAGUUUUUCAUGAUUGUAUAACUAUUUAGAUUGUGAUUUCUACUUACACUUAUAAACUACAAUGCUGUCAUUCAGACAGUGGUACACAUAAGGCAAACUAGUGGUGAAACUGUGAC